AUGGAUAUUAAAAAUACUAGUAAAAGUUGUCGGGUCGAGAAUAAUGAUUUCCGGAUUGCAUUAGAAGUUAUUGAAUGUCUGAAACAACUCGAACCUGAAUGUGAAACCCAAGCUGAGUACCGUGAUUUAGCCUUAUUGUUAACUUUAACACGAUUAGACCAACAUCCGGAUUAUCAUGAUUGGAAUCCAAGUUUAGGUCGUUUGCACUGUUUUAAUCAGAUCUAUCCACUUUUACAACCGUUUAUACAACUUAGUAAACAUUCAUCCACUGGUCAGACGCCUAUUGAAGAAAAUGCUCGUGGGGAUCGACUGUUACGGUUACUUGUCAAAGGGUUACUGUAUGAAGCCUGUGUAGAUUAUUGUGCUCUUAUGGCGACAGAACGUAAAGCUCAAAUGCAGAUAACAGGAAUUCUAGGAGGAGAUUUGGAUGAAGAAGAAGAAACUGAACGUCUGUAUAGUCAAACUAAUUCACAGUUAACGGUGAACAGUGAUUUAAAUCAGCGAACAACUCUUCAUUCUACGAGUCGCUGCCGUCAACCUAUCGCACCUGAUUUAUCUCUGAACUCUUGGCUUCAAUCAUUGAAACCAGUACAACCAAUUAACCGGCCCACACUAGAAUCUAACCUAUGGCCAGAGCAUAUAUUAACUCAACCUACUGUUAAACCACUUGUAUUUCCCUAUACACAUAUACCAGUAUCCAAUGGUGUUAUGGGAUCUAGCAUACAACGUUCAGUGUUAUCAAUACGUAAUGCCGCUCUGAAAAGAGGUCAUCUGCAAGGACCUGGUGGUGAGUUGAUGCGAAGCCUUAUUCCAGCAUAUGAAGGUUUAUCUAGUGGUCUUCUACGCAUGAAUCCUACCUCUUCUACGCAAGAUGAUCAGCUUAAUGGAGAUGUCAGUGGUAAUCACGAUAAUAGCAUGAAUGCAGGUUUACGUCCAGUGAUUCGUAGUUCUGGUUUACCUAAUUAUCUCGGCGUGGUCCUCGUUUGA